CAUUCCCAACGCAACCAUUGCCGCCACCACCACCACCACCACCACAAUCGCCUCCCUGAAACUAACCCAGCUGGGAAAUUUCAUUUCCAAACGCUCUCGUUCUCAACGGAGGUUGGCCUCCGCCAUGGCCGCUUCAUCCGCCGGCAACAGCAACAACAACAACAACAACAACACCGCCAUCCCUUUUCAGUUCUCUUCCGUUGACUCUCCUCCCCGGCUCCGUCUGACUCCCGAUCAGUUCGCCCGCUGCUCCGAAGCACUCUCUACCUUCAAACAAAAGCUCCAGUCGAACCCCCAGCAAAUCGCCCAAGAGUUUGCCCACCUGCAGGCCAACCGAAUUCGUCCCUCCCAGAUGGCGAAAAGCUGUACGGUCGCCUUGGACAGCGUUAACGUCAGCAAAAACCGCUAUACAGACAUUUUGCCUUUUGACGAUAAUAGGAUUGUUUUGAAUCCGUGUAAGGAUUAUAGACCUUCUGCAAAAGGCUAUAUCAAUGCCAGCUUAAUCACGUCAUCUUCCUCUGAAAAGGUAUCUCAGUUUAUAGCUACACAAGGCCCUUUGCCUCACACCUAUGAAGACUUCUGGGAGAUGGUAAUCCAGUAUCAUUGCCCUGUCAUUGUGAUGCUUACUCGAUUGGUCGACAAUUUCAAGAUGGUAAAAUGCGGGGAUUACUUCCAAGCCGAAGAUGGUCCUAGAGAAUUUGGUAAUAUAUGUAUUGUCACUAAGUGGAUAAAAACUACUGACAGUUCAUUAGUGUUGCGCAACCUUGAGGUGAAUUACAAAGAGUCAGAGGAUCCACCCGUGUCUGUUUUGCAUAUUCUGUAUCCUGAAUGGCCCGACCAUGGAGUUCCCCAGGACACAUUGGCUGUUCGUGAAAUUCUGAAAAGAAUAUAUCCUGUACCACCCAGUCUUGGGCCGAUAGUGGUUCACUGCAGUGCAGGUGUAGGGAGAACUGGGACAUACUGCACAAUUCAUAAUUCAAUCCAGAGAAUUCUUGCUGGAGACAUGUCUGCGAUGGAUAUUGCUAAAACUGUCACACUAUUUAGGUCUCAGCGAAUUGGAAUGGUUCAAACCAUGGAACAAUAUGUUUUCAGUUAUGAAGCUAUUGUUGAUGAAUUGGAAGACCUAAUCUCAGAUUUCAACAACAGUGAAAUCAGCUCAAAGUGCAGCUAGAUUGGUAACUGCUGCCCAUGCUUUUAAAGAAGUUGGAGCUGCUAUGUUACUUAUAUAAAUCUCCAGAAAUAUGCAAUUUAUGCUACCCUCCAUGCUCAUUCCCCGGCGAAAGUAAUAACGGUACUACUGAACAACCAACUCAAGUUUGCCUUUGAUGUUGCAGUUGGGUUUAGAUUGAUAUUGAAGAGAAAAUGUAGCCGACGCAGGAUGAAUCCCUUAGUUUCAAGUUGGGCAUUUUUGGGGAGUUUACUUGCUGUGUAGUGCCAAUAAGUUCAUCAAAUUCGUGUUACUUGUAGAUUCUUUUUUUUUUUU